CUCAGGUUCCUCCCUCUCUCACAUUCUGUCCAAGCCUAUGAGCUGGUGAGGGCCCUUCCUUACUACACACCCAGCGGGGCUUUAAAAAGCCAGGUCUCACUCUCCAUGCACUUCUGCCGUUUUGGUUUUGGUGUUUUCUUCCGAAAACCGGUUGUGUCCAGCAUCUUCAGCCUCCAGGUCACAUCACACCAGGGAUGCAGACGCCACAUCGCUGGCUCCGGAAUCUCCCACUCAUUCUUCUGGGAACUGUGUUGCUGGCAGAAGAUUGGGCUGCUGUGGAAAGCCAAGUCCUGUACGAACAUGAAAGAGAACCAGCCUACUGGGAUGCCCAGGCCAAGUCGACACUGGAUGCUGCGUUGAAACUCCGCCCUCGGGAGCACCAGGCCAAAAAUAUAAUCUUGUUCAUCGGAGAUGGAAUGGGCGUGUCCACUGUGUCAGCAGCUCGAAUUCUGGAAGGUCAAAUGCAGGGCAAUGCAGGGGAGGAGACAGUACUGGCCAUGGACACUUUUCCAUAUGUGGCACUUUCUAAGACCUACAGUGUAGACAAGCAAGUGGCAGACAGUGCUAGCACAGCUACGGCCUACCACUGUGGAGUGAAAGCUAAUGCCAAAACCGUUGGACUUAGCGGCAAUGCAGUGGCCUAUGAAUGCAACACCACCUUCGGCAAUGAGGUCUACUCCGUGCUGCGACGUGCAAAAGCCAAAGGUAAAUCCGUUGGUAUCGUGACCACCACUCGAGUCCAGCACGCAUCACCAGCUGCCGCUUAUGCCCACUCGGUCAGCCGCAGCUGGUACAGCGAUGCAGAUCUUCCCAGUAGCGCACGCCAUCAAGGGUGUGUGGACAUCGCCACCCAACUAGUGACCAACGUUGACAUUGAUGUGAUCUUGGGAGGAGGGAGGAUGUAUAUGACACCAAAAGGCACUUCGGACCCUGAGUAUCCAACCUCCAACUCUCGCAAGGGGGACCGCCAAGACCGGAGGAACCUUAUUGAUGUCUGGUUGAAGGCUAAACCAACCAAGAAUUCACACUAUGUUUGGCACAGGAAGGAGUUUGACGAAAUAAACGUUGAAACUACUGAUCGGCUCAUGGGUUUGUUUGAGCCAAAGGACAUGAGAUUUGAAGUUUUCCGAAACACCACCCGGGAUCCCUCUAUUGUGGAGAUGACGGAGAAAGCCAUUCAAAUCCUGAGCAAGAAUCCAAAAGGCUAUUUUCUGUUUGUAGAAGGAGGAAGAAUUGAUCACGGACACCACGAUGGCAUUGCCAAACUUGCACUAACAGAGGCUGUGAUGUUUGACCGAGCAAUUGAUCGCGCUUCGCAGCUCACCAGAGAAUCUGAUACAUUGACCGUCGUCACAGCUGACCACUCUCACGUCUUCACUUUUGGUGGCAAUACACCCCGAGGAAAUCCAAUCUUUGGUCUUGCACCAAAAAAAGCAGAUGACCAAAUGCCUUUCACCAGCAUCCUGUACGCCAACGGCCCUGGUUAUGUGCACAUAAAUGGAACCAGAGGGAACAUCACGAUGGUGGAUUACUAUGACGAGGAGUACAUGCAGCAGGCCGCCGUCCCUCUUGAUGCUGAGACACAUGGUGGCGAGGACGUGGCCAUUUACGCUAAAGGCCCCAUGGCUCACCUCUUCCAUGGGGUCAAAGAACAGAACUAUGUGGCUCAUGUUAUGGCCUACGCAGCCUGUUUGGAACCCUACACAGACUGUCCCCCUCCACCUCAUUCCCACACAUCCACCGCGUGUGCGAACACACCCUCAAACCUAAUAUUUGGACUAAUUGGCCUCAUCUGGUUCUCCAGAUGACAGCCACACACAAACUAUACACAUGCGGCAAUUCACACAGCUAUAAUAAUGCAAGUACAUAGUAUCCUUGCAGCAGGGAAUAAUUAAAGUAAAUGUUUUUUGAGCCAUCUCGUUUUGAAAUUCAAGCAACAUUUAGACAUUGUGAAAAUAUGCAAACAAGAACAAGCGUUGGAAUAUGUAAAGCCUAGGAGGAUUUUUUUUUCAAGCAAUAUUCUCAUAAGAUGUGCUGGUAAAGUUUCUGUCCUAUUCUCGUCAUUAUGAUUAUUUACACAUGAAUCUGAAGCUGACACACCAAGAAUAACUUGAAGGCAACAAGGAGGCUGAAGGAUCAUUGACCAGUUUUGUUGAUGCACAUGUUGACACUGAAUGAAGGGCUGGACUCUGAACCGGAGGCCAUCUUGCCAUGCCAAGCUGUAAUACCGGUAGACCUUAAGAAUUUAUAAUGGUACUGUAUGUCUUUCCAGGUAUUUAGGAUUUUUUUUUUUUUUUUAAGCAAUGGGGUCAAAUCUGGAUUUCAUGGGCAUCACAGUUUUUUUUUUUUUUUGUCUGAGUUGACGUCACCAAUCUAUUUUAAUUGUCCGUGAAUGUAUUUUAUAUGCAAAAUGUAUUUUUAUACACUGUUUUUGCAGAAUGUCUGAUAUAAGAAAUAAACAAUAUUAAUGCUACCUUAA